UUGUACUCUCUUCCCCGACGGUGGUGUGCUUUUGAAUACAAUUUCCGUUCUGCUCGAAAAAAUGUCCGGCUACACAGAGGAACACCUGAAGCAGAAGCUGACCGAGAAGCUGGAAGCAACUCAUGUGGAAGUAACUGAUGAAUCUGAUGGAUGUGGCGGCAAGUUUAGCGCAGUAAUAGUCUCAUCCCAGUUUCAAGGAAAAACCCUGCUUCAGCGACACCGACUCGUGAAUGCAGCCCUGGCGGAAGAACUCAAAACGAUUCACGCAUUUUCUCAGAAAACGUACACUCCGGAACAGUGGGCAGCCGAGGGUCACUAGCGCUCAGAACCAGCUCGUUGCACAAAACUUAUUCAAUACACCCUAAAACAUACAAACGGUUUCAUUUUUUAACGUAGCAGAGCAUCUCGAAGAAAAUUCGCACAAUGAAUUCACUGAACAGUUUUGAGAUCUCCGCCCCUGGCAAAGUUAUUCUCCAUGGAGAACAUUCGGUUGUCUAUGGAAAACCUGCCAUCGCUGGCCCCAUUGGGCUUAGAACCUAUCUCACUUAUAAG